AUGGAGACACGGAUCGGUCGACUACGGACGACAAUCUUGGAUGCUCCAGAAGAAUCAGGCAUAUCACCGCAGCAUCAUGCUACUACCAUCGACGCAACUUCUAUUACCAACAUUGCGAAUUCUUCGGCUAUUGAAACUACCUAUAUCAUUUACCGCUCUUGUGCUUAUCAUAUUUAUAAUAUUAAUUGGAGGUUAUUUCGAUGGUUUGCUGAAACUUCCGAAUCCGAAAUUCUGGAAAUUGGUGAUGAAGACUGGAAUCCACCAGUGCCAGAAUCGAGCUUUUGUAAUGCUAAACCAAUAACAGGCAUUAAUUCUACAACAAUGCAACGAUCUCUGUGUCCAUGGCAGUGGAAAUUGAAUCAUGAUGAAAAUCGUGAGCCAAAGAUAAUUUCUGAAGCACACUGUUUAUGUCGUCGUAGUCGUGGAACCUCAGGCUCGUAUUGUAUGCCAAUUAAAAGGCAGAUAGCUGUAUUAAAGCGGAUUCGAUGUGAUCCAGCAACAGGCUACUACGAAUACACUCGGGCACUCCAAACCGUAACUGUAGGAUGUCAUUCGGUACUUCCAAGAAGUCAAAAAGCCAGUCCUUUGGCAAAAUUGUAUAGAAAAACUAAUACUAUUGAAAUUUAA